AUGCAUACUUGGCUCCUUCUGUCGGCCGUGUGCAUACUCACCAGGAGUGCUAGUGUUGAUGUAGAGUGUGGUGCAUCAUGGACUUGGGAUGCAGCUUUAGCACGGACUGCCAGGGCAUGGGCAAAAAAAUGCCUUUUUAAACAUAGUCCAUAUUUAACGGAAAAAUUUAUGUCCCAUCCUCAUUAUGGGCAUGUUGGAGAAAAUAUCUGGACUGGACAUUACGGGUUAUUUGGUGUCCCUGAAGCCAUCAAAUUAUGGACCGAUGAAGUCCAGCACUACAAUCUUCAGACUAACAAGUGUACUAAAACAUGUGGUCAUUAUACUCAGGUUGUUUGGGAUAAUUCUCAUAAGGUGGGCUGUGCUGUUGUUUUUUGUCGUAUAGCUGCGGGAAUAAGAGAUGCGGCACAUUUUGUAUGCAACUAUGUACCAAGCGGCAAUUACCCAAGAAAACCUUAUAAAGCGGGAUCAUCAUGUAGUCUGUGCUCAAAAGAGGACACCUGUGUGGACAAUCUAUGUAGAAAUCCAAAACGUGAUAAAAUUAUACGUUACACAAGAUGGUAUCCACCCUGGGAGAAUAGGAUCGUAUGUGACGAGUCCUGUAUUGCUGUUGUGGUUUUAAGACCAUCACUGAUGUUAUUGGCUUUUCUAAUUGUUUUUCUUAUGCAGAAGCGUUAUUCAGAUAUGAGUAUAUCUAAAUAA